UCAAAACCCUUACUCAAGCUCGGCUCUUGGACAACAAUGGCUACUCGACGUUGCCUCCGAAUCCUAACCCGGCACUACUCUUCAUUUCUUCUCUCUCCAAAUCCGGCUCUGAAAACCCUAAACCCGGCGUUCUUCGAUUCCCUCAGAAAUCUAACCUUUUCCCAAGAUUGUCUCCACAUUUCAACAAAAUCACACACCCAAUACCCGUUUAUCUCUCGGAACUUCUGUUCCAAGCACAAUGAUGGAAGUGAAGAUGAAUCUGGUGAUGAGGGCGAAGAAGAAUUUGACGAUUUUAGCGACGAUGAUGAGGACGCGGAGGUUCGUGAAGCGAAUAGUGGGCCGAAGAGUCCUGAGGAUAAGAUAAAAGAGGCAGCUGAGAUUGGAUACAAGGUGAUCGGGCCACUUGAGAAAUCGGAUCGGGCGUUCAAACCUUAUGAGCCCGUUUUUGCUGUUGUUCAGAUUGGGUCGCACCAAUUUAAAGUGAGCAAUGGGGAUAGCAUUUUUGUGGAAAGAUUGAAGUAUUGUGAUGUCAAUGAUAAGUUGAUCCUGAACAAGGUUCUGAUGUUGGGCUCUCAGACACAGACAAUUAUUGGCCGGCCUAUAUUACCUGAGGUAGCUGUUCAUGCUGUUGUGGAGGAGCAUGCAUUGGAUGCAAAAGUGCUCAUAUUUAAGAAAAAAAGACGGAAGAAUUAUCGACGAACACGAGGGCAUCGACAGGAAUUAACAAAGUUGAGGAUAACGGAUAUACAAGGAAUCGAGAAACCAGAAGUGAUGCCAUCUCUAAAAACAGGAAAGAGCGGUGCUAAACCUGCUGACAAGGUUGCAGUUGCUGCUUAGAAUGGGGAUUUAGCAGACAUUUCCCAUCAUGUCUUUUUGCAAAAAUUUGGUCUUCUUCUGCUUGCCAGAUCUUGCACUCCAGAAUUCCAUUUGAGGCAAAAGUUGUGAAUGAAGAAGCCAUGUUCAGUCAUGAGGAUUUGUAUUUUUAGUUUCUGAUAACCAUAACCAAGAUUCUCUUGCAGCAUAGCUAUACUCUUGACACUUUUUUUUUUUUUUUUUUUGGCUAUGUACUACUUUGUGCCCAUAAGAGGCCUGCAACAAAAAAAGAAUAAAAAAUGAGUUUUUUCCCAUUU